UGUCAUUAAGGUAUGCCUACUUUAACGUUAGGUUUUUGUCAUCUUUUAAAACGUUAUUUAUUUCCAAGAUGCCUUAUUAUGCGGUAGCGCGAGGGCGAAUUUCGGGUAUAUUUAUGAAUUGGGCUGAUUGUGAAACACAGGUCAAGGGAUUCCCUGGAGCUCGUUAUAAAAAGUUCAACACAGCCGCUGACGCUGAAAAAUUCAUAAUAUCCGAAGGUGGUUCUCAAAAACCUGAAAAUGUUGCUAACGGAAAGAAAAUAAUUAAAGCCGCAAAUGCGCCGAUACAACACAAUACUCAGAAAUCGGUUAAACCUCCUAGAAAACGAACGAAAACACCUGAUAAUCAUAUUGAUACAGACAGCGAUGAAGAUGAUUUAAACAUGGUUUUAACAAAACAAAUGGAUGAUAUUGAAAAAAGGCUGAAACACUUUGAAAAAGAUGUAAAUAAAAUAAUAAAGAAAGGUACUAAAUCAAGUGACAAACAGACAAUUCUAAUUGAUAUACCACAACCAAAGAAACACAAAAGUGGAAAAGUUGAAUUUGUUGUAGAUGAAGAUGGUUAUGUACAGGUAUAUACAGAUGGUGCUUGCUCAUCAAAUGGUCGAAAUGGAGCCCGAGCUGGUAUAGGUGUAUAUUGGGCUGAUGGUCACCCACUAAAUGUGAGCGAGCCUGUCUCUGGCCGUGCAACAAACAAUUGCGGAGAGAUUCAGGCUGCAACUUCCGCUAUUAAAAUUGCCCUUCAGAAUAAAGUAAAAAAAUUGACCAUAAACACUGAUUCGAAGUUUCUAAUCAACUCUGUUACCAAAUGGAUGCCAGGGUGGAAACGAAAAGGUUGGAAACUGAAAUCAGGCGAACCAGUAAAGAAUGAGAAGGACUUUAAGGAGUUAGAUGAAAUUCAGAAUAAAUUGCAAAUAAAGUGGAUCUAUGUGGAAGCACACAAAGGAGUUCAUGGCAAUGAGAUGGCAGACCAGCUGGCAAAAGCAGGUGCAAGUCAAUAUGUAAAGUAACCAAUUUAACUACAAUAUAGUUUUAAGUAAUAAUUGUUUAUUGUUGAAAUAUGAUUACUGCAGGCCAGUGGACAUUUUUUCCAACUAUGUAAACACUUGUAUAUUUACUAUCACUUGAUGCUUUAUAGACUAGAAAAUUGCAUCAAGAAAUUAUGUUUAAUCAAAUAUGAUUUACUUAAAUAGGCUGAGAAAAAAAGCUGUUUUUUUUUGUCUUUCUGAAUAUUGUUUAUUUUAUUUUAAUGAUUCUAAGUAAGGAAACUCAGUUGUAUCAAUCAAAUUUAAAGCUAUGUUAUGUAAUUUCCAUUUCUCUUGUGUAGAAUCUAUGUAUUUUUUAUAGUUCACCAACUUCUAUUCUUAAUGAUUUUCCAAUUGUUUUCAUUUCAAUCUCUUAAAAUGACGGAAUUGUUCUUUUUUUCUAUAAAUACUUUCUAACGUUUUUUUGCUAAAGUUAUAUACUUGUGAUAUAUUUAAUGUAAUAUUGUAAUGUACUAUGUAUAAGAAGCGAGAUUUCUGCAUUGACUGAAAAUGAUCC